AAUGCAAACUGUGCCACUUAAUAAAUAUCCAUCAUAACAUUAAGUACAUACUGUAGUUGAAGUACAUAUUUCGCAAUUGCUAGAACAAUUAUCACACUUAUAUGUUGAUGUAUUCAUGAUUUAUGCUUACUAACAUUAACAAGUUGGAAUAACUUAGUUAGUUGUAUCGACGCAAGAAGUGCAAUUUGUAUUAGUUGAUGAACAAUUAGCGCAAGGUCUAGUGCAUUAAAAACAAGCAUUUGAAUUCAGAUAAUAUCCAUCAUAACAUUUUGUACAAACUGUUGCUGAUGUACAUGUUUCACAAUUACUAGAACAAGCAAAACACAUAAAUGUAGAAGUAUUCAUACCCAUACCUGAUUUACAACUGCAAGAAGGUGGUGAUUAAUUUAUAGUGUCUAUACAACUUGUACAGUUUGAUGUUGAAUUUUCACAAUUUUAACAUGGUUUAUCACAAGCAUAACAAUUCAAAUCUUUGAAAUAAUAACCAGAUAUGCAUGAAUAACAAACUAUAAAACAUUUACAUGGACUUGAACAAGAAUUGGCUAAUUUUUAAAUACAAUGAUUACCUUAAUUGAUACUUAGUGCUAAAAUCAUCAACAAUAAAAUAAAUCUCGCUUAUGCAUUACUCAUAUUCUUAAUAAUCCUGAAAUAUUUAAGAAUUUUAUAAUUUCUUAAACUUCUAAACGCUAUCAAGG